CAUAAAUUGCAGAAGAUUGACUACAGCUUUACUUUCUGCUUCCUACUCACUCACUUCAUUGGUGUCAUUCAGUUGUGUUAGACAUCUAGCAUAAGGAAACACUCAAUUUGCCACUUUUCUGUGAAUAUUACACAUCACUUUUUCUCCUCUUCCACAUGCUGAAAUUGUGUUUCUUCAUCUGUUUGAUAUACUGGGUGAAAUCAGAUGAGGAACAAAAAUGUCCCGAAUUUACAGACCUUAACAUAGGCAAUGCUUUGUCUGGAACAGAACUCCACGUUCAGCUACUCCUAUACACAAGGGAAAAUCCAGAUUGUUCUGAGAGACUCAUUGAACACAAUGUUACUACAUCAGAAUACCUGAAUACAACCAAGAAAAUUGUAUUUGUUAUCCAUGGCUUCAGGCCAACUGGAUCUCCUCCGGCAUGGCUGGGCGACAUGAAGAAGCUUUUACUGUCUUCAGAGGACAUUAAUCUCAUUAUAGUUGAUUGGAAUCGUGGUGCUACCACUGUGAAUUACAUAACUGCUGUGGAAAACUGCAGAAAAGUUGCAGAAAUACUGAAGAAUUAUGUUGACCAGAUGCUGGUGGGUGGAGCUUCUCUCGACUCUAUACAUAUGAUUGGAGUUAGUCUUGGUGCUCAUGUAGCUGGUUUUGUUGGCCAGAACUAUAAUGGCAAACUUGGCAGAAUCACAGGUCUGGAUCCAGCAGGCCCUUCAUUCACUCGAGAACCACCAGAUCGCAGACUGGAUCCUACUGAUGCACAGUUUGUGGAUGUAAUCCAUUCAGAUAUUGAUGUACUAGGUUUCAAGAAGCCUUUAGGAACCAUUGAUUUCUAUCCAAAUGGAGGAAUGGAUCAGCCUGGUUGUCCAAAAACAUUUUUCAGUGGAUUUCAGUAUUUUAAAUGUGACCAUCAGAGAUCUGUCUUCCUUUUCUUAUCAUCUUUGAAAAACAAGUGCAAUAUAAUAACAUAUCCUUGUGACUCUUAUUUGGAUUACAAGAGAGGAAAAUGUAUUGAUUGUGAUGCUUUCCAGCCAAUGUCCUGCCCAGUAUUGGGUUAUCAUGCUGAUAGAUGGAAAAAACUGCUGAUACCAUAUAGCUCACCAACAGAAGCUUACUUUGAUACCUCAGACCAAGACCCAUUCUGCAUGUAUAACUACUUACUGGACAUUACUACCUGGAACAAAAGCAUUAGGAGAGGUUUCAUUAAAGUUAAAAUAAUAGACUAUGCUGGAAACACAGUAGAGUCACAGAUGAAUAGUGAAGCGUCAACAUUUCAACAAUAUAAAAGAGUCAAAAUACUGAUUGGAUUUCACAGAGACAUUGAAAAAAUUGCAAAAAUUUCCUUGACCUUUUCUACAAAGACUUUAAUAGGCCCAAAACACAAACUUAGGAUUCUUCAGAUGAAGCUGAAAUCUCUCAAUAAUCCAAAAAGGCCACAGCUGUGCAGAUACGAUUUUGUACUGAUGGAGAAUACUGAAAUGACCUUCAAACCUAUCCCUUGCUCUGAGAAGGGUCCAUGAAAAGAGAGCUACUACUAACCUAAUUUCUCUCAGAGCAGUGACAUUUUGAUGCUUCCUCAGGAUAAAGACUGCAAUGAGAAAGGAAAUGAGAUAAGCUAGAUUUAUUUUUCAAGAGUCUACCUGAUAAUAUGCGUUACUUGCUCUGAGUGCCUUAGGCUGAAAUUAAUUGAAAAGUUCAGACAUGUAUGUGCUUGGAAAAUUAUCUGAGUAAAGUAAAUGUAUCAUGGUGGAGAACAUGCAGUGGUCUGUUCAUUACUAUUUGUUAGCAAUGAAGCAACUACUGAAUUAAAUAUGAAUUAUCUGCAUAAUUCUGGCACAUUAUUUGUCAUACAUAUAUUUAAAUAUUUAUUAUUUGUAAUGGCUUUUACAUGGAAACAUAAUGAUCUGUCUACUAAGUGAAUUUAAUAUACUGUACAUGUGAUCUACGGAUUUAAUACACAACAGUUUUUCUGUGCUGUGUUCAUUGGAUAAAUGAAUCCACAUUUUCUCUUUAUAUAGUGUCUCAGUCUGAGAAGUGGAACAAUAAUAUUUGUGAACACAUUUGUAAAUUUCACUGUUUAAACCUGUUGUCUUUAUGCUCAUUGUACAUGAAUGCUAUUGCAGGCAUUCAGAUUUUUUUUUUAUAAAUGCUAUGGACAGGGUAGUGUUGUUUCAGAUAUAAAGUAAUCUAAUGUCU